AAUGUCAUCGGUAAAAGCCAAAAGUUGGUGGAAGUCUGACAAGCUGCAAACGAGAUGCGGACGGCUGCGUGCGUGACGUGCGUCGGUCAAGUGAUGGUCACGAGCAACUCUCGCCUUUUCAUGCAAAUGUCCUCCUGCGCGUUGUGAUUGCUCGACGAGUACGCCAAGUCCUCGGGCACGAGUGGAGCCUCACUCAGUUCUUGCCAGUUGGACGGCGUUGCGGUCGCGUUUUCCCUUCUGGGCGGAAGUCUCGUUUUGAUGAAGGUUUUCUGGGGAGUGGGCGAGUGCCAUUCCAACGACCGCAUGAACUAGUUGUGGACAUUUGUCAAGAGAGCGUCUGAAGGCGGAGAUGAGCAGCGAGGCGCACUCGCAUUUGGGACUGCAGAAGCCCCCCAUGAAUUUCGUCAGCGACUUCGACUUGAUGAAGUUCGGCGUGAAAAAGGAGGCGAUGCAGGCGAUGGAACGAUCCCUGAUCGGGCCGUGCAACCAGCUCCACAGACCGGACUCCGUGUCCUCCACCCCCGGGAGCACACCUGGCAACUCGAUGCCCUCGUCGCCAAACCUGCCUCCCAGCGAGCUGCGAAAUAACCCCGAGGACCCGUUUUGGAUCCCCAACAACGGGGCUUACCCUCACCCUCAGAUGUACCCGCAAGCGUUCGGGCUGACCCCCGAGGACGCGGUCGAGGCCCUGAUCGGGGCCACGACGCAGCAGGGACACCCGCCCGCGCCUCACGCUCACCAGCAGCCGCCCUUCCCGGUUGAGUACGACGGCUACAACCAGCUCGGCGAGACUGCCCACCACUACUCGCAGCUCUCGGCGCCCCCCGAAAUGCUCCCCAGCAGCCACUGCCAAGACCCCUUCCUCAAGAAUGACGUGGGCAGCGCCUCCCCACCGUCGCCCGGAGAAGUCAGCGUCGCGCACCACCCGCACCCGCACCUUCAGGGGCAGCACCGGCGAACCGGCGCCGAAUGCCACUUCUCAGACGACCAGCUGGUGUCCAUGUCGGUCAGGGAGCUCAAUCGGCUGCUCCGGGGCCUCAGCAAAGACGAAGUCAUGCGCCUGAAGCAGAAGCGGCGGACCCUGAAAAACCGAGGCUACGCGCAGUCGUGCCGCUACAAGCGCGUCCAGCAGAAACACAUCCUGGAGCACGAGAAAACCAGCCUGGUGUCCCAGGUCGAGCAGCUCAAGCACGAACUGAACAGGCUGGUCCGGGAGAGGGACGCGUACAAACUGAAAUGCGAGAAACUGGCCGGCGCCAACGGUUACCACGAAACCGGCUCCACCAGCGACAACCCUUCCUCGCCCGAGUAUUUAAUGUGAAGCGCGUGGCGAGGUCUGCGCGAGACGCCCGGGAGCUUCUCUUCACUAGCCGGCAGCCAACUUCGCUUUUGAAACAAUCACUUCGCCGCCGCAUUGUUGAACUCAGCCGAGACUCCAAAUCGAUCAACUCCUCGCAGAGCCGUUCGACGAGCCCAAGCGAGCAUGCAUGCGGGACAUGUGUGAGCAGCUCCUCAUAUCGAGACAUGGCCGCAUUUUGGGGGCGGGGGGGAAUCGCACACUUGAAAUCACCCCCGCGGUUUGAUUCAAUUCCCUGGACUUCGUAUGAUUGACACCGUUCACUUUUGCUUUUCCUGAUCUUGCUGUUGCUCGGACUUGUUUUCUUUUCUGACCGCAUCGCGAAUUCCUCUUCGAAGACAAUGAUGCAAAGUUUCUCCGCAGCGAUAUUUUUACUCAGCUAAUUCUGCUGGACAGAUGUCUUCUUUACUCGCUUGUCUUUUUUAAAGGAGACCCAAUUAUGCAAAAUGGUUUUGUCUUUUCAUAUACUCUGGAUCAAUAAAACUAUGGUGACUUUUUCUACCACGUUU